AUGACGCAGCUCACGGCGUGCCUAUCAAUGGCACUCGCGCAAGUAUUGUUAACCACGGUCGCGCGCGCGCAGCUGGUUCCCAACUGGAGCGCGUACCCGAUCGCGUCGCAGCAGUGCCUGGCGUACUACGAAUUCUACAGCGGGUGCAGCCGGGCGAAUGCGUACGCGCUCAACGCGUGCCUGUGCAGCAACGGCGGCGGGUGGGUGGUCAACGUGGCGCAGUGCGUCGAGGCCGGCGACGCGGCCAACCUCGACGUCGUCUACGGCACGCUCAAGGCCGCGUGCAUUACCACCGGCACGCCCAUCAGUUUCUCGCUGGCCGAGUGGCGGAAUGCUGCUGGUGCGGCUAGCGAUGCCGGCGAUGCGCAGUCGUCCGCGCCGACUACGUUUUCGACUUCGAUCGUGUCUUUGUCGACGAAGCCCGCUACGCCGGGGCAGACGCCGACGCCGACGCCGACUCCGGCUCCGCAGACCGACGGUGGAGGCGGUGGCAGUGGCGGGCUCAGUACGAGCGACAAGAUUGCCGUGGGCAUUGGCGUGCCCGUCGGCGUUUUCAGUAUCAUUGGUGCCAUCGUGGCCUGGUACAUGUGCUGCCAUGCGCGAUGA